UCCUCCUCGGCUUCACUCGGCAGAACCAGAGGUUGCCGCCUGGUUCCCACAGAACAUCAGACUAAUACUAAAGAGUUCAAAGGUCAGCUAUGGUGCCCAGUGUAUGUGAACAUGAAGAUUUGGGUUUACGACACUGGUCUUACUUUUAAGAAAAUAAAACAUACAUGCUCUGUUACCUCCAGUUUAUUUAUUUUAGAUCCCAUUAAUCCAAUCCUAAUCUCUUCAUUUUAUUAUUUUAAAUUAAGCAAUUGUGCGUUUCAUUUUUUGGGCUCUCCCGUCCUGGCAGCAGUGAACAUGACAGAACAGGUAAAACGAAAUGGCUCAGCUCUGUUUUUUUCAGGCGAUGUCUCAUCAUGAUGUGAAACUGACAGCUUAAUGAUUUAAUGCGGUUCAUGACAAAUGCAGGGAUUGCCUCAAUACUUACUCAAAGUAUUUUAUCCCUACACACACACACACUUACACACACUUUCCAACAGAAAACCGUACAGGUCACGUGACAAAGGUGCGCAUGUUUCUGUGUGUGUGUGUGUGUGUGUGUGUGUGUGUGUGUGUGUGUGUGCCUGUCUGGCUUACACCUGUCGGGCGGUGCCUCCAGCAGGGUGUCAGUCUCUCACUCUCACUCUCUCUCUCUCUGCCGGCUAAGUUGGGAGGCUUUGGAACCUGGGAAGAAUGGCUGAGUGUUGAUGCACCAUGGCCGGUCACAGGACUUCCAAGGCAGACCGACGUAGGAGACGACAUGAAGUUUAUGUGCAACAAGUUUGGAGCUAAACUGAACAGCUGUUUGAACCCCAGAGGAGCACUUUUAGGCAGCUUUUUCUCCCCAAAGUGUGGAGACGUUUAGGAGCGGAGCCCUGACACCUUUAGCGGAUUUGUAAAGUUUAGUGUUGUGUUUUCUUUGGUAGCCCGAGACAUGGCUCUGUCCCAGCUCCAGUGCCUGGACGAUAACCACGUGAACCCGCGGACGCACGAGUCCAAACCGGAGUUCCUGUACUGCGAAAACCAGCGGCUCGCGCUAGAGGCGUUCCUGCGGGACGGUCGCGAGGAGUUUGUGAAGUACCUGGGCGCUCACAGCCUGCGCGGCUUCCUCUCGGACCCGGAGUUGGAAACCCUCGCCGAGGCGGUGGAGCCCUACGACCCGGGCUCGGAGCUCUUUUUCCCGGAGAAUGCCGAGGAAGACGAGCCGCCGCUGUCGCUGCACUACUGGCCCGAGCUGUCGGACACGUCCGUCCCGCAGAUGGACCUGUGCUGGCUGGACAACAUCUCUUACCGUGGGGUGACGCGCACGAGCGUGUACACGCAGCCGCCUCUGGAGGGUCAGGUGCACAUCAAAGAGGUUGUCAGGAAAAUGAUUGCGCAGGCGCAAAAGGUAAUAGCAGUGGUGAUGGAUGUGUUCACCGAUGUCGACAUCUUCAGAGAUUUGCUGGAUGCCGGUUUCAAGAGGAAGGUUUCCGUCUACAUCCUGUUGGAACGCACAACUCUACCUCACUUCCAGUCCAUGUGUCAGAGGGCCAACAUGCAUGCCGGGCACCUCAAGAACCUCCGUGUCCGCUGCACGGAUGGAGCAGAGUUCUACACCCGGUCCUGCACAAAGGUCAGAGGGCAAAUGGGACACAGAUUCAUGUUCAUCGAUGGAGACAAAGCUGUGUCUGGAUCAUACAGCUUCACCUGGACUUCAUCGCGGCUGGACAAAAAUCUCAUCACGGUGGUGACGGGCCAGGCAGUGGAGGCCUUCGACAGGCUGUUCUGCGUCCUCUACGCAACUUCCAGCUCGGUUGACCUCCGGCAGGUCGCCACUGAGACCGAACCUGAAGUGGAGCCCCUCCCACAGCCGGCCCCGGUGACCACUUCUGCCGAUAUGGCUCGGAAACUGUACAGCCCCAAAUAUGCCAUGUUGGGUUUAGCCAACCCCAGCCCCACCCCUACUGCUGGCCCCAAAGAGACCGAAAAUCCACAGAACUCCAAGAACCCAGAAACCAAGAAGGGGAGGCAGAAGAGGGCAAGUAAAGAAGCCAUUCAGGAUCCUCCAAUCCACCCCGGACUCACCAAUCUAGAGAAAGCAUGUAUGAUGUCAUACCUGCCCACCUGGCCAGAGCCUGACCCCCCAAGUGACGUAAUCGGGUUCAUUAACAUUCGUGAUACCAGAAAACCGAAUCAAGUCCAUCAGAGAUCUGAGAUGUUUGAAACCAGCCAAGCGGUCCGGUUUAGCAGUCCGUUCAGCAUGCCUAAGGAAAGCCUGCCAGAUGUCGCCAAGCCCAGACAGGUUACAGCCAAACACGAGACGAAUAAACUCCAACCAGCACAAGAUGAAACCAAGACUGAAGAGUCGGUGGUGGACGGAGCUCAGCCACCACAGCUCAACGCAGUGCCUGCUGACGUCAAAAGUAAAGCAGAGGCAACCAGACAGAAAUCACCUGCAUCCGGACCAAAGAGUGACUCUGACACUACUAAGACCCUCAACACCGAGAACAAACAGCAUUCAAACACACCCACCGAGCAAGAUGCACGCACACCUCGCCAACCCAGCAGCAAAGCGCGCACUCCCAAUACCGGGAGCCCUUCGCACAGCACACGACCCCUCCCGGGAUCAUACGCUGACAGAGAAGCAGAAACUAAUUCAAACACACAGCGUGAUGUCUCGUACAGCACGCAAGCGCCGCACCUGCGUCCUCCCACCGACUCAGACACGGAACCGCACGCACAAACAAAGACGGUGCCGCUGUGCACAGAUUCACAAGCUGUUAACGCGCAGCCUCGGAACUCAUGUGAAAUUACUCCUUACGCUGAGUCUCCCACCGCCAACAGCCACACGUCCUCCUCUUCUACUUCUGUCAGUUCCUCCUCGUUUUCAGAAAACAGCCACGUCUCCACCGCUACAAGCAGGACUAUCGGUUCCUCUUCUCCUUUGUCCUCUUCCUCCAUUCCUCCUCUUACUUUUUCUUCUACAACUCCCAAUCCUCCCCUCCCUUCCUCCUCGGCAGCCCCAUCGUCGACCUCGACCCCUCCCGUCCCUAAACCUCGUACUGUCCAGCUGGUUUUCAAAGGCGCCAGCGAUGGCCAGAAGCUGCCGGAGUUCAGUGUUGUCAGGAAGCCUGAGACGAGCACAGGGCUCAUCCACGAUGAGCCCGCCGUGGCAGCUGUGGUGCAGACUUCACCAGAAAACGUGCCCGAGAUCGUCCCAGAACUGCAGAGCGACAGCAGAGGCAAACCGGAAGCACAGCAAGAUGACGAUAACACGCUGGAUGCCGGAGAAGCUCCACAGCACAAGCAGAGCGGGACCUCCAGAGAGACAAGGACCAAGGAGGCAGAUGGACGACAUGAGAGAGCAGCAAUGCAGUUGGCCGCUGGAAACAAAGCCAAGUCAGAUGUUUUGAUUACUGAUGCGCCAAAGGCAGAGAGGGUGAAUACUCAAGAAAUAAUUCCAACAGAUGUCGAGCCCAAGACUUUGAUGUCGACAGACUGCCAAAUAACCCGGCAGAUAGAGUGUGAAGCCACAGUACGGACAGAGAUAAAGGCCCCGGAAAGAUCGGAAGUGCCAAAUGAAAAAAGUGAGUCAUAUAGUGAGUUGAGUCCAAAGGAUGUAGAUGUAUCAGAGAUUGUGGACUCUUUAAAAGCUCCAACAUACACCGUUUUUGCCACGCACACAUCCAAGCACAGUACAGACACAGAAAGUCCGCAUGGUAAUCUAAGUUUUACACCGGCCCGCGUCACAGACAGCGUGCCAAAAGCUGCAAAAUACAACACACACGGCACCUUCCAAGAACAAAUCCCUAAAGCACAAGCGAGCAGACACACACCUGCAAGACCUCUGCACUUACAUCUCUCCGACACACACGUGCCAGACUUUCGUUCGGCGACGCCGGAGAGAGAGUCGCGGUCGCUCUCGGCUCUCCUGCGCACUCCAACUCCGGAAGGAUUUCUCCCACGCACUCCAACUCCGGACGGAUUUCUCCCACGCACGCCCACCCCGGACUCACGCACGCACACCCCGGACUCACGCACGCACACGCCGGAUCCGCGCAGUCCAAAUUUUCAAACGCCGACGUCCGACGGGUUCAUCUCACCGAGAACAAAUUCGGCUCUCUCCACCGCAUCAGAGGAGUAUUACGAGUGUAACGACUCUCCUUUUCACGAGCCAGUUUUUGACCGAGCAGCUUUCCGCAACCACGGGACGACAGACGACCAUGUUAGCUUCACGCACGCAAAUACUCCCAACGCCACAACCAUCACUUGGGCUGCUACUUCACACAUAGCAGACAGGAGUACCUCUAUCAGUGAAACAGAGAGUUUGUCUGGGCCUGCUAGCGCCUCCUCUUCGGCUUCUUUAAAAAAGAAAAUGGAGGAGGAAAAUUUUGAAAAUGGGAGAGAAGAGGAUGAACGUGGCGAGAGGAGGACAGAGGGAGAUUACCAGGCGACAGACAGGAGAGGCAGCGAGGACGCAAAGAGAACAGCCGACCAUUUUAAACAUUUUAAACAUUCAGAAGAAGAAAACGAGGCUCAAGCCCUGAAGAGAAAGAGGGUGAUAAGCCAAUCAGCAGCCGGGAGACCGGUCGAUGCCGGAGUGACUCCAACUGAAUUAACCAAUGAGAGGACAGAGCCACAGCGAUUUUCCGCAGGUGACCGUCAGCUAAGGAAGUCUUCUUCUGAGAGGAAGAGACUUAACAUGGAGAAGGCAGCGGACAGGGCGGCAUUAGGACCCAGCGGUGCGGAGAGGAGAGACAGGCCCCCUUCAACCGGAGACACUGACGGACAGAAGCUUCUGCAUACUCCUCUCAAAACUCCCAGAGGACAGCAGCGAGACAUCAGAGCACCGUCCCCUUCCCGACAAUCCAGACCCCCUCAACCCCUCUCAAUCAACCGGGCUUUGGGGCCUCGAAUCUGGGGAAGCCGUCAUCUGAACCAGGUGGAAAGCAAGGUGCUCCCCGGUAGUGUCCAGAGCGCGGAUAACACCUCGUCUCCUCGCAGACAGCCGUCCAGACCACCUCCUCGGGUGACAGCGGGUGCUGACUGGUUAGCGGCCGGGCGGGAGUACGACGAAGUCUCCCGACAGCCUCCGGCGGCGCAGAGCAGGACGAGAGCCGGACCGACGCCGAAUCAACAUCCUCCCCCGAAACCCGAGGCCUCCCAGAGCCAGACGGUAUCACCGCAGGAAGAAGAAAAGGCCCCUUUUAGCUUCACUUUUAGCAAACUGUACAGCCUGAAGGUCCUGAAGGAGAUGAGCAAGCCGCCAUCACAGAGAAAGACAGACAGCAACAGCUCUCACGUGCAGGGACGUAAGAGCUCCAGCUAGUCUGAUGCCGUCAUCCUGGCAUCCAUUUUUAUGUCCCGCCAACACAUCAAGCCAAAGAAAAGGCAAGUUAAUGUCAAGAUUUAAGAGAAAUAAAACUUCACCCACUGUGAAAGAAAUGCCAAAAAUGCCACCUUUCUCCACCGUGGGUAACUCAUCGCUGACCGUUUUAGUGAAUGUCUGAACUUUGACCUUUGACCUAUGACUUGUGGUUCUUGCCGGCUCCCUUCUCGUCUGCUGGAGGACGCACAUUGAGUUGUUUUCCACACGGUGAUGAUGCUCAUUACUGGACCAGAUGAAGCGUGUUUGGUUAGGCAGUAGUUUUUCUGUUCCUCUUGGCUUCUCCUUCCCAUGGCUGCGUCUUAAAUGUUUUAAAAUGCUGAUGCUUUCAGUGGCCUGGUCGUCUGGACUUGAACCAGCUGCCUCUCCUAAAGAUGUAUAGGUUUUCUUGUUGCUGUUUCAACUGAAUAAUAGAGCCGUACUGUUUCCCACAGGAAAAAUGUUUAAAUUGUUUGUAUGACCAAAGAAAAUGAACACAUCAUAUAUUCACCCAGAAGUUUUCCUUCUACAUACUGCACAUUAGUCAAGCUGCUGUGACCUCGAUCAACUCGACAUAUACUGAGGAUCCAGCGGAAACAGAAGCAGUUGCUUCCUGGAGUCACCGUGAUACAUUCUUAGUGAAAUAUCUUAAAGUCACUUCCGCUCUGUUUUGUUUUAGAUUCUUUGUUUCCAGUAGUUUGAUAUCUCAGGAUGGUGCCAUAUGAAUGUGAAUUUCUGCUUCCAGUUUUAAGAGAGGGUACUAUCAAAAAUGUCAAAACGUAGUGUAUUUAUGGAGGUACUGUAUUUUGUGCACACUCAGCAAAGCUGAAAACCACUGAACGUCACAGACUGCUUCUUCUAACACGGAGAUUCCCUCUUCUCCUCCACCACUUUACAUUCUGUGCGCAACAACAAGCAAAAUGACUAACCUCAUGACAGUGGCUGUUUAUAUUGCAGUCGUCCCACUUCUGUAUCAUAACGAGUCUCUUCUGUGCAUUUAGGUGUUGAACGCUACAUCCGAUGAUGCUGAAUCUUUUUCUUUUUGUCUCAGACCCUUAUUGUGGUUAUUUUGUAUUCAUCCAUUGUGUGCUGUACAUCGAAAGACUAAAGGGUGUCAGGUAAUUGAUCUAUUCUUUGUUUACACCAAAUCCCAUUUACAUUCAUACGGCUUUUUGCCUGGAAGGCAAAGUCAGAGCGACUGUGCCCAAACAAAGCGCAAGUUAUCUGCAGAUGAGCACGGGGCAGACAGAGGGACAGAUGUCCUGCAGAUUACAACAACAAGAUGGUCCCUCUGAAGGAAGGUGAAAGGAAAUGUGCCGAGGUGCUGUUUGCAUGACAAAUAAACUCAUGCAUGACAUCAAUGAAAUGGCUGAUGUGAACAUAAUUCAUGUGUAAGACAAUAAACAACCGUCUUGUCUUGGAAUGAGGAAAGCUGCAGUCUGU